AUGCCACCAGAGACAAUUCAUGUAGUGAGUUUUGUAGGCCUUGUUGGCGAUGGAGCUGCAUUGAUAUGCUCAUUGGAUCUUACAAAGGACUUCUAUUUCAGCAACUCUUAUCGUGUCAUGCAUAGUUUUCAAAAGAAUCUAUCUACUCAUGAGAAAGGGUCGUUUCUUAAUGAAACAAUGUUUGUUUGGAAUGAGUUCUUAACUAGCACAAUUCAUAAUAAAUUGAAGAAUAAUCUGUGGACUGUAGCACUAGUUUAUGGCUACUUUAAACAAGUCAAACUUUCAAUAGGAGAAAAGGACUUCAAGUUGACCCUCAUUACUAGAUGA